AAACCUGUAAACUGUUUGCAGCUACCAUUUACAGUUGAUAUUCUUGUGGAAAAUAUAAAAAAUUCUAACCGGGCAAAAUGUUCACGCUAUUUAACGUUUUAACUUUGGCAAUUGCCUGCAGUGCAGUGUCCGUUGAUGUGAACGAUGCAACGAAUAGAAUUGCUAACGGGGCAGUUGCAGCGAAUCUCCAAUUUCCAUACGCGGUCUCGAUACAACGUAUUACCAAUAAUACGCAAGUAGCGACCAGAGGGCACAGGUGCGGAGGAGCACUCAUCACCCUUCAGCACGUAUUAACGGCGGCUUCGUGUAUGUAUGAGUGGAACGCUUAUGGAACGCCAACUCCAAUCAACACUGGUAACUACCGGGUGUUCGCCGGUGGGUAUUUACUAUCCAACGAUACUUCGACUGAAAGAGUCAGGAAUAUCGCUCAGUUCGUCGUGCAUCCAAAUUACCUCGGCAUUCCGUCUUAUGUUGGUGAUCUGGCUGUCGUUUAUCUAAAUACACCUUUCGCAAAUUCAACCGUGGUCCCUUUGUCGUUGCCCGCGAAUAAUUACAACCCUGCUGACUUUACUGAUUGCGUCGUUGCGGGCUGGGGUGCUGCUACCGUUGUAUCUUCAGUCACGGCUAACGUUGAGCAGAAAUACGCCAAUACUUACAUCUACAACCAGCAAGUGUGCACGUCAGUCUACAAUCCCCUGCAUGGAUUACCGAACAUUUUACCUUCUAUGAUUUGCGCAGUGUCUUAUGAUAUAGUUUCUUCAAGUUGCAAUGGUGACGAAGGAAACGCCCUCGUAUGUGGCAAUACGUUGACGGGUAUCCUGGCGUUGCACAGCAACUGCGCGGCCACCUCUUAUCCUGAGAUCUACACCAGGGUAUCCAACUACACCGACUGGAUCAGACCCCUGGUUUCAUCGGCGAGCACUUUUACAUCUGGUGCUUCCGUUAUUUUAUUCCUCACUUUAAUUCAAAUGGCGUUUGUCAAUCUUCUGAGCUAAUAUUUUAGGCAUAUAGGUAUUUUAGAGGAAGCGUAGGUCCGUCAAGUCCAUUUAAAAUAAUACAGUGAAUAAAAAUUUAAGCCACUCACGCCAUUUUGGCAAAUAGGUCUGGUAGUAUUUAUAAUGUAAUUGUAUGUUGUGAUGUUAUCAGUUAGAAUUAGAUUUUCUAGGCUCAGUAAGUCAGCUAUCAAGUGUUAUCAACUGAUUAUUUUGAUAAAUCAAUAACCACGAUAUCUAUUAGGUACGGAAACAAGCAAAGCAAUGAAUAAAUCGGUGUACUCGUAUAUAUGUAAUACGCAUUUAAUAAUAGGUAUGAGAAAAAAUAUAGCGUAAUAGCAUGUAUAAUAAAUAUUUUUUGACAAUAA